GAAGUGAGUUUUGGUUUGGAAGUUAAUAACUUCUCAACUUUCGUGAUCGAUAAAAACAUGGGAACCCUAAAUAAAAACUCUAGUUUAAUGCCAUCUUCUUGCAACCUUUGGUAAAAAAAGUUCAAAAUUGGGAGUUCGUAACAUCCCCUCCUUCGGUAACCCUAGCCUCUUUUCUCUUCUUCGCCGGUAAGCUCCCACCCCGCUGAGCAACCCUCUCUUCGCAGCUUCCCAUCUUCGCCGCUGAGAAAUGCAGACAGCUUCCAAUCUUCGCCGCUGAGAAAUCCAGACAUACAAAGUAAACCCCAUUAAAUACCCACGCUCCUUUCUCUCUCUAAAUUACUCUUUCUCUCUCAUGGUUUCCAUUUGCCCACACCGCUUGUGCUAGAAGAAGCUUGCUCCAGUGACUAGGGUUUUUUUAUGUUUCUCUCUAAAAUUACUCUCUCUCUCUCUUUCUCUUUUUUUGCUUGCUCUGUUUUUGUUUUUUGUUUUAUCCCUCUGCCUUACUUUUUUCCCUAGAAAUUCUGGUUUCUCAAUUGUGUUUUUUUGAUGGAUUUCUGCACUUUCCGUGCACGUUCUGCAGUAUAGAGUGCUAACCUGGAAUUUUGUCUUUGGCAUUUGAGGGCUCUUGAGGUUUUAUGCCCUUUGGUGGCAAAGUGGUUGCUUUCCUGCUUUGUUAAUUUGUUAGUUUUAUGUAAGUUAAUCACCUUGCUUCUCAUGUUGCUUUGAAAUUUUUGGUUAUAGUUCAUUGCAUGUUUUUGAACUAAUUUGAUUGUUUCACUGUGUAAUUUUCCUUGCCAGGCCGCAUUUUCUUCCAAUACUUGGAUUUUUUGUUUGUUUUGUUAACACUCUUUUUUUUACCAAUUCCUUGGUUCGCUUCAAAUUGGGCUAAAAAAUGGGUGAGAAAAUACGUUCAUGGAAGGAGAACCUAGCUCCUUUCAAUUUUUAUUCUUAAUUUUGAUGAAACUGCUGAAUUAAUAAAGAAAAGGGUUUUUUAUAUUUGGAUUCCUUCUGUGUAUCUUUAUACUAAAUCAUUUCAGGGUUUAUUUUCUGAAAUUUAACUCCAAUUAUCAUUUAAACAGAUGGUUUGUACUCAAGAAAGUCAGAAAUGUAAUUUCUUCAACAAUGAUAUGGCCCGAUUGAUUCAGGGGAAUUUGUUCCAAAACAUGGCUACUAUAUGACGGUUUUGGCCUGCCUAUAACUAAAACAAAGCAAAACAAGUGAAUAUCCAUUUUAAAGCUUAUUUAGACUAAUCACAUUCAUAUCUAUCUAGUUCCAUGACAUUGGAAUUGAAUUUUUUUCAGUGGAAUCUAGUCUGUGAAAAGCUCAUUUUCACAUAAGAAAGGCUGUAGUCAUCGCAUGCAUCUCGGUGGCCAAAAAUUGAUGCCCUGAAGCCUUUUUCUUUAUCACCUAACUUUUUGUUUUGAUGCAUAUAGGUCACUUAGACCAUCUAAUUUGUGGUAUCUUUUUGGAUUUUAGAUUUUCUGAGGUUCUUUUCCUACAUUUCAUACUUCAUAGGGUUUGAUAGUAAAAUUAUAUUAUUAUUGUUCCAUUACAUUCUUGCAUUUGUUAUUUUUUUUUUUCAUGUUAAACCUAUUUAUUGUUAUCUGCAGCUUACAAUAUAAGUCAUUAUGUAUAUGUAACAGUAUGAUCUUCGAUUUGGAGCCCAUGUAUGUGUAACAGUAUGAUCUUCGAUUUGAAAUUUGGAGCCCAUGUAUAUGUAACAGUAUGAUCUUUGAUUCUUUCUCCAUUUUCUUGAGAUGGUGUGUACCUUCUUCAUGUUGGAAGAAUGGUACUUGUGGUUGAAUUCUGUAUUGGGGUGUUGGUUUUUAUAUUGUUCACGUGUAUGCUGAUUUUUGUGCAAUUGCACGCAUGAUGAACUGGUCAAUUGCACUACUUUCACUUUUGCACAUGCACUUACCAUGUUGCAUAUCUAAUAAUUAUAUUAUCACUAUUUUGUGUACAAAUUGAGGCCAAACUUACAGAAGUGGCACAAGAACUGGGUAGAGGAAUUCAUAUAUUCACAAACUUGGCUUCUAUACCAUUUGAUGGGACCUUGGCUUCUAUACCAUUUCUUUUGGUGUGGACUAUAGGCCGGUUUGGAAACCAAAUUGCAUUUUUAUCAUGUGGUGUUAGUGGUGGACAUAUGACAAAUGUAACUCUUGCCAAUGGGAUGAAAACCAGUCUUUUCUCUAUUCCAAUACAGAUACCCAGUUCUUCUUUAACUUUUCAGGAGGUUAUUAAACACAGAAACCAGGAACUUCCUAAUUUCCCAAGAGGUUAUCAAAUACAGAAACCAGGAACUUCUUAACUUCUGAGGAGGUUAUCAAACACAGAAACCAAGAACUUCUUAAGUUCACAGUUCUUCAAGAAUUUCUAAUUUACAGUUCAUGAACUUGCUUCCAGUUAUCACAGAUUUACAUUUUUUGGACUGCACAUGUACUCAUACGAUCCAGCCCACAUGAAACAAUUUUCCAUCAUAAAAAAGCUAAUCUCUUUUAGGACUGUAUCGUUAGCUUAAAAGCACCGGGUGCCUUUCUCAGUUUCCCUCUCCGCUGCCCUCCUCUACGCCCAAACUAGCUUCUGCUACUCUUAAUUUUUCCUCGCCUUUUUUGUGCCACGAUAAAUUAACAAAACUUUCUCUCCACUUUCUUCAAAUUUAACUGUUAGUCUCUCUCUUUCUCUUCUCAUCUUCCUCUGGUUUCUUCUGUGUAGCUUUUUAAACUGUCGUUUAUUUUGUUGCUUUGAUAAUUGGGCUAGGGUUUCCUUCUCCUUGAUCAUGUUUUUCGUUAAAAUGGGAAAAAGAAAACUCUCUUCCUCUCUUAUGCUUUGUCUCUUUUUGCGCUAUUCGACUCAAUGGGCUUUGUGUAACACUUUUCUAUUUGAAUUGUUUUCUCUUUCGUUUCCUUUUUUGGUUUUACACAGUGACUAUCUUCUCUGCCAUAUUCAAUGAGUUCUCUCUCUCUAAUCAGUUUCUCUUUUGGAGAAAUUGCUUCGUUUUGAAUUACCUGCAAGUUUUUUUUUCCUCCUACUGGGGUUUAUUAGCUGCGCAUCUAUGUGUUGGAGUUGAUGUUUAAUGCCUAUGCAGAUAUACGUGGCUUCAUGAAAAAUGCUAGUGUUUGUAUAUUUUUAUUUAUUUAGUUAUUUAUUUAUGGGAUGGAGAUUCUAGGAACAGUUUUAGGCUGAUAGCUAGAUUAAACCAUUUGAUAGUCAGCAUUCAACGAUAGGUGCACACAUACAUGUCCUUAAAACUUUAGACCAAUCGGAUUUAUAAAAAAUUAGAAAUCACACAAUGCCCAUACACAUAACAGAUAUGAUACGUGAAGACUCUAUCUUCGAUGACCUAUGCUCUUCAUUAGGCUGGGCAGAUCACAAUCCCUUUUCUCUUAUUUAUUUAUUAUUUCAUUAUCAAAGACUUACUUUUACAUUUUCCUAGGAAUGUAGGAUGUUACAUGUGUUUCUCUGAUAAUUCUUGGAGUAGUUGAUAUCCUGAAGGAUUUAAGAACCAUGGUGUGUUGUCCCCCUGAUAUACAUUAUGUAACUCAUUUUACAUUUAUCUUUCCUAAUAAGUAAUGUUUCUGAUAAGAAAGACCCAUUUUAUGUAAGUCUUUUGCAGUUAGUUUUGGAUUCAUUGUCUUUAUUGAUGUUUAUAUGGAAGCCGGUGGAAAACUGGUUAUUUCUUCUUUCCUAUAUGUACUACUAACUAGCAAUAAAGUAGUUCUUUCAUCCAUUCCAUUUUAGCCAUCCUUCUUGCCACUUCUAUUUAUUAUUGUAACUUAUAAUUGAAUUGCUGGGAAGAAAUUGACUUCACAUGAACUUGGUGCAUGAUUGCUUGAACUUGAUAUGAUUCACAUGGUUUUACAUGCAUGGAUUGAUCUUUUCUAUUAUGGGAAUUCCUCUGAUUUGUGAUAAGAUAUUUAUUUUGUGAUUGCUAUGUCGAGUUCAUCAAAUUGUCAAUAUAUAUAUCUGAUUUGCUUGUUGAGUGUUGAUUCCUAGCAAUCUGAUUGCGACCAAGAAAUUCUGAGACGACCAAAGUAGGAAUGGUGCUCUUCAAAAAUAGUUUAAUGUGUCGAAAGCUAUCAAGGACAGCAUUCACUUAAAUUUUGGUGAGUGCGGCUUAGCUGCAGCAAUUGGUUCUUUCCAGGGUAAGAAAUGCUCAGUUGCUAUUUUUAUUAAAUAAGAAGUUUCUGUUUUAUAGAAAAUGCCUCUUUUUUAUGCUAAAUCCUAGUUCAAACCAUUUAGAUACCACUAGGACCAUGUUUUACUUUUUGGUUUUGAAGGAUAAAACAUUUGGCCCCAUAAUCUCUUGGGUUGUUAUUGAUUUCUUUAUUUCUUUAUUGAUAACAAAGUUUCAUACAUGCAACUAAUGGUACAAUACAUUGGAAGCGCAAUAACAGUGUUCUGUUUGUAUUUUGUUGGGUAGUUAAAUAUGUAAAUCCUAUUACCAAGGUGUGCAUCAUCCGAGUCGCACGGCAGGAUUACCAGAAGAUUUGGUGUGCCAUCACCAUGGUCAGGAAUAUUGGAAAUUGUCCAGUAAUUUUCAACUUGCUAAACUUGAGUGGUUGUAUCAGGGCCUGCAAAAGGGAGGCCUUAAAGUGUGAUGAAGCAAAGUUUGAACUUUACAAGCUUACUGUUGGAGACAAUCUCUCCCCUCAGGUUCUUCAGCAGAAGUGUGAGCAGCGCCCGCGCUUUCAGCCACAUCCUAUAUGUUUCAUGGGAAAAUGCCCUGCCCUUCUGCGACUUUCCAUGGAAGAUUUCCCCCAUUUCUCUCUCUCUCAUUUUGCAGGGAAGAACCACAAUAAUCUCUCUAUCUCUCUGGAACCGUGGAUCUCUGCUCGCAGGUUGAAGCUGUCAUCAGGCCCCUGGUUCUUCAUGUGGCGCAACAUUCCCUGGUGCAAGGUGGUCUUCCUGGAAUUCUGCUGUAAAUUACCGAAAAUUUUGGAACAUCAUACAGUGUAUUGCCCACACCUUAGCACGCAUAUUAAGACUAUGAAUCCAAGUCUACAUAGCAAGGCUGGCACCUUUGUAGCAAUUGUGAAUUUCUUGUGCUACACCUGUACAUAUUCAUCAAAGAUGCAGAUUUUUUCUGCGUUUGUGGCAACAAAGGAUUUUGUAAUGCAUGUUUUACAACAAUAAUGUUGAUUGAAAAAAAUCAGGCUAAUACGGUGUUGUCCCUGGCUUAAGAUGAUUAUGUUAGCAUUUCUUUUUCUAAAGUAGUGAUAUUGAGUGGAGUACAAUAGUGAUUGUUCUUCGAGUGUAUAUAGAACUAAAUUCAUUUUUUGUUUAAUUUUUUUAUCACAUGGGUGAAUGAUUCAAUGUGUUUUUCUUUACUUGA